AUGGAUCAAGUUAGUGGCCGAGCACGAGCACCUUCGCUGCAGAUGCCACCGAGGUAUAUCCUCGCCAGUAUACUCACAGCCAUGGGCGGAUUCCUUCUUGGCAUCGACACAAGCAUCAUCGGACCGGUAACAGUCAUGCCAAGCUAUGUCAGGUACUUCGGGUCCUUCUCAUCUAGCGUGCAUGGUAUCAUUGUCUCGUCGAUCUUACUCUCGGCUUCUGUGAUGAGUGUUAUCGCUGGCCGGCCCGCUGAUGUCUUCGGCCGUCCGCAAGGUAUUGCGCUUGGUGCUGCAGUCUUUGGCGUUGGCGCUGCCCUCGAGGCUGGUGCGGUUAGGUUGGCGAUGUUCAUGGUGGGUAGAGUGAUUGAGGGGAUGGGGUUUGGGCUAUAUUUUGGGACGUUGACGGUUGUUUUGCUUUACCUUCCGCCAUCACCGAGGUGGCUCCGCCUUCAUGGACGGCAUGCGGAUGCCGAAGCCGCAUGGGAGAUUUUGGGGGUGAAACCGGAGGACCGUGAAAGAAUCGAAGAGGAUCUUGAAGAAGGUACCCGAGUGCGUGCUAGCGAUGGCGGAUCGACGUCUUCUCAGUCCCGGACUCGGGGGAUUGAGAAGAAACAGGAAGAAGGUGGAUUCUUCGACCUGUUUAAGAAAGAUGUUCGAGGAAGGACGAUGCUGGCCGUAUUCCUGAUGGGAUUCUUGCAGCUGAGCGGUAUCGACGCUGUGUUAUAUUACGCACCUCUCCUCUUCCAACAAGCUGGCCUCACCAACGAAGAAGCCUCCUUCCUCGCCUCAGGCGUAUCUGGCAUCGUCCUAGUCGUAAUCUCCGUACCUGCCCUCCUCCUAGCCGACAAAUGGGGCCGCCGGACAAGCACCAUAGUCGGCGGACUUGGGCUCACCAUUACCAUCCUGCUAAUCGGCACUCUCUACGCAACAAACUCUGUCUACCCAGACCAUGGUGCCGCACGCUGGAUCGUGAUCGUCUGCAUAUACCUAUAUUCCGCGUUCUUCGCCUCAACCUGGGCCGUAAGCAUCAAAGUCUUCGCGCCAGAAAUCCAACCCCAACAUACGCGCGCCAAAGCAACCGCCCUAGCGCACGGGUUGAACUGGGUCUGUAACUGGUUCGUGGCGUUUAUCUGUCCAAUCCUAUUGGCGAAGAAUAGCUCUGCAGCGUACUUCUUGUUUGGGGGGUGUUGUGCUUUGACGACGAUUGUGUGCUUCUUCUUUAUGAUUGAGACGAAGGGGAAGAGUUUGGAUGAGAUUGUGAGAGCCUUUACUUUAAAAAAUAAUGAGGAUGAGGGGAUAGGGUUGAAGAUGGGGAAGGCGAUCUUGAGGGUGUUUCGGUUUGGCGGGGAGAUAGAUCAUGUCCUAGACUCUGUGGAUGUUGUUGAAGAGAAGAAGUUUUAA